AUGUCUAGCUGGCAACCUCCAAUCAAGGUCUCGACCGCCCAGACAGAUGAGGAGAAGAAAAACAUUGCUGUGGUCUUGGACUACAUGUCAACCGCCUAUUCGCCCGAAAACAACAAAGGUCGCUCCAGCGUUUCGCAUCUCUGUACCCCAAACUCGACCUUCGCCGCCCCUACUACUUUCCCGACCUGCCAUACGCCCCUUGAUUAUGCGGACUCCCACGCAAAGGUCAUGUCCGCUAUCGCCGACCUGCACAUCAUCAGCUACGACAUCGUGUUUGCGAAAGAAGGGCAUGUGCUGCUAAGGUACAGCGCUGAAGGUAGUCACUGUGGGCAGCCUCACAAUGGCAUUGAGCCCAGCGGAAAGAAGGCGAAAUGGACAGCUGCUGCUAUCUUUGAGGUACAAGAUGGAAAAGUACAUAGCUUCACUAAAGAAUGGGACAAAUUGAAUAUGUGGAAGCAGUUGGGAUGGAUGAAGGGAGAUGACAUCAGAAAUAUCUACGCGAGCCUCAAGAUGACGACAGCUCAUAGGCCUACGUUCGAUCCGGCCCGUGGGAAAGACGCCCAGCGGGGAGUAGCAUAUCACCAGCGACUACUCCCAGCACACACCCAGCUCAAAGUUCGACAGCCCGGACAAGGAGGAGAUGCCGACCCUUAUGUACGAGACCUCAGAGCCCAGCUCCUCGAAGCUGAAGCUGUACAUUUUUCCAAGACGAAUCCGGCAGCUGCCAAGACUACGGAGUCUACCAUAUCCAGUAAACGCAGAUUAGAGGACGGUCCUGGGGAAAAUGGAGAAGAAGAGGACCUACAGGCAAAGAGACUGCGUGUACUAGAGGAAACCAGGAAUGUCGACGCAGACUCGGAUGGUUCUAAGAGCGAUGAUAGUAGCGAAGAAGAUAGUGACGAUGAAGAGGACGAGACCGCCGAGCUGCUGCGGGAACUCGAGAAGAUCAAAAGGGAAAGGGCUGAACAGAAAGAAAAGGAAGAGCGCGAGAGAGCAUCAGCAGAGCAAGAGAAGCGAGAGAAUGACAUUGCUCUCGGCAAUCCUCUUUUGAUGCCGACGAAAGAAACUGAGACCAAGCGAAGAUGGGACGAUGAUGUGGUAUUUAGGAACCAGGCAAGGGGUACCGAGAAUAAAGGCAAGAAGGAAUUUGUGAAUGAUUUGCUUCGGUCAGACUUCCACAAACGAUUUAUGGGCAAGUAUGUUCGAUGA